UUAAGGUGGGAUUAACUCAAGUUACCUUCAGUAAAUUUUAUAUAUGCACAAAGCUUCUUUCACUUGUGUGCGGUGAUGAAUAAAGAAUAAGUGACAAGCCUAGUUGUACCUCUGUUGAUUAGUAAGAGAAGAUUCAACAGCUAUUAUGGCCAUGAAAAUAUUUUAAAAAUUAGAUUCGAAAAGCUCUACCAAUGGAGGGAUACGUGUGGCCUUUAUCUGCGUUAUUCUUCGCUACUGUCUUCUUUGUUUCUUUGUUCCGUUUGAAAAACACAAAAUAGAGUAGAUUUUUGUUUAAAUAAAUAAUAAUAAUAAAUAAAAAAAACUCGAUGUAGAUUUGUAUUACUUUUUGAAACAUGAUAAUUUUUGAAAAAUUAAUACAUCUCCAAAUUAAUAGUGUGUGUAAUUUAUGUGGGUGCGCGCGUGGUUGUUUUUUUUCUUCUUCAAAGCUACAAAAGACAGUUAAUAAAUAGUUUUGUCGUUUCGGGAGAGAACUAGUUUUGUUACAACAAAACUAAGUUGAACAUGUUCAUCUAUUAAGAGAAAUAUGCACUUUUUUAUGAGGAUUAGUUUUCAACAUAUUCUCCUGAAGAUUGUUACUGUGACUGUUGGUUUUUUACCUAUGACCGAGUUAACAGUGAAACAACAGGAGGAGCAAAAGCUCUCAUCGAAGAAAAUAGGAGAUUUAUUGAGGGGUGACUACAUUAUUCCGGACGUAAAUUUCUUCCAUGCUGAAUGGUUCGACGAGGAAAAACAUACAAUCGAAAAUCGUCGCUUUGCCAGGGUCGUCCAUAAAGAUACCAAAUCUUCUUCUGAACAUAAUGAGCAUUUCAAUCGAAUCCAACUAAAUCUCCAGGGAGACAUCGGAGACGAGGAAGGCUCACGCGUACCACCAGGAGUUCAGUACGGCGUUGUCAAACGAAACAAGAAAUUAAUCAAGAGAGCCCUAAUUCAGUACAGGUUGAUGCCUCAAUUUUUAUCCGACCUCGGCACCAUUCGCGAUUUACAAGUGGAAUUUAAAAGUACCAUGAUUGCCAACUAUGGAAACAACUUAUCACCAUUUCAGACGCGGGAGGCACCGUACUUACAGUGGUCAGCAGAUCCAGAAUGCUACUACACUGCUAUUAUGAUUAACUAUGAUGCGCCUAGUUCUAAAUAUCAUUAUUGGAGAGAAUGGCUGCACUGGAUGGUUGUCAAUAUACCCAGAUUCGACGUGAAGGCUGGGGACACUUUGACACAGUACGUUGGCCCACAUCCAGGAGCUGAUACAGGUUUCCAUCGUUACAUUUUUGUAUUAUUCAACCAAGGGAACAAAACCAUCAAGUUCAAUGAGCCUCUAAGGUUAAAGAGCGACCUGAUUAGCAGGAGGAACUUCUCUGUUUUCAAAUUUGCUGAAAAAUAUAAACUCGAACGAACACCAUGGGCUUUUAAUUUCAUACGGGCUCAAUAUUGCGGCACCGAUGCCAAUCCCUAUGAUGAAGAAGUCACAAUAGUCACUGAGGACGUGGAUGGUCAGAAAAAUCAUGCGGAUUAUUAUGACUACUGAUUUUCUUCGACUAAAAUGGAAGAAUCGCCGUCAGUCACAUCCAAGAGCUUUCCAAAAAGAGCGAGAUACAAAUUUUCACGUAUAACAUUGUAACAAAACCUUCUACCGAGCCUUCAGCUGCAAUUCUUCCCACUGCAUCUCGAGGCAGAACUACGAAUAUCGUCAAAAGUUUUGCUCUUGAUUUUAUUCUAACAAUUAAACCAGAGCGUGUAAGUGUUGUUUUGGAGUAUAAUUGCCUACUUCUCAGCUUCGUUAUUAUCUUUCAUGCCGUUGAAUUUAGGUUGUUUCCUGGAACGAAGAAGGAGAGUUCAUAGUCUUAUCAUUGGAUAUAUGGCAAAAACGCCUUGAAUUUUUUUUCUUUCAAAUAGAAAUACCAAAGACUGGAAUUACUUGAAUAAGUUCAGAAACAGAAAAUUAAACUUGAAUUGGUUUUGUUUUUAAAUUCAACAAUAAAACCAGCUAUAAGUACAACAUGCAGUCUAUGUAAUAUAUUCUUUUACGAUAAAAAUUAAAAUAUUUCAACCUGUAAGUCUACAUAAACUAAAAAAAAAGCGCUUAAAAAGUUUAUAAAAUCCGGAUGUGUUUUAGCUGUAUUAAAAUAUCCGCACAAAUAUCAGCGACCGCUUUUUUUAAAAUUCCAAUUGCACGUGAGCUUUUCGUAAACAAUUUCACUAAAGAUUUACCUGUUUGUGGGAUCAUUUUCCCCCAAAAACGUUCUCCAAAAAAGAAAUUUUUCCUCGUACUUCAGAUUAUGUCUAAUUCUCUUUGUGUAGAGGCUAUAGAGCGAGACACAUUGAGCAAAGGAAAGCACAACAGACGACAAGCAACAUUUUUAAAGUUCCGGAGCGCGUAUUGUAUUACUCAUAACUGAAGGCGCAACAAGGCAUUUAAUACUGAGUACCAAUGCUUAAUAUACUUUACAAUAUUGUAACGUUGAGAAAUAAUGAUCGCUCGAAAAGCGUUUCAUUGCGACCUAUAUUUGUACGGCCACUUUGGAAAAGGCAAAAGUUUUUCUAACACUGGUCAGAUUGCAGCUCUGCCAUUGUGUCUCUUUGUCAAUGAGAGACGUUUACGUUCGUCAUUAUUACCCUAAAAUUGUCCAUGUAAUUUUACAAACGAAACCGUAAUGUAACAUAAUGAUACCGAAAAUCAACAAAUCUCUCCGCAAUGGUA